UAAAUUUUUAUUAGAUAUAGUGAAAAAUUCUACUCAAUAAAGGAGAAGGAUGAAAAGUAUUUAGAGCAGGGAAUAUUACACUGGAUUUUUUACUUUCAUAUGACUAUAAGAUUUGGAAUUGAAAUUUGAAUAUUUUUUCUUCUAUUUUACUAUAUAUUUUUUAAAUAUAUCCAGCAGUUAUACCACAAUUUAAUGGAAUAAAUUGCCUGUUUUGUAGCAGAGUUUUAAAAACUUUGUUUGUAUAGCUGUUUCUUAAUUAUUUUGCUUUUAGGAUUGUAGAAGAGUACCAUGACUUAUAUACAUUACAAAGAGGAAGGAUUGGCACUGAUAGUAAACAGUUAAUGGAAGAAAGAGAUAUCUGGAGCUCAGCCACAUAUAAGUUGGCUCUAAAGGUAAUUGAAAGAAAUGGAGUCAUAUUGGCCAAAAGGCUCUUCCUCAAUGAAAAAGGCUGGAAUAAAUACACUAAGCAUUUCAUCACAGUGCUGUCAAACAAGGACACUGCAGACCUUGCAUUGUUGCAGAAAUUGACACACAAAUGGAGAAACUUACUGAAUAAAUUUAAACAGGAUGUUGAACAAACAGAAGAGUCUACAAGGGAGAAAUUGCAAAUUGUUAAGGAUGGCCUUAUGAAAUGGCAGCAGUUCUAUGAAAAUAAGUGUGCCUGCCUGGAACAGGAUGGAUCGGCAUGUUCCCUGCUACGAGGUACCUCUUGACAGCAUCCACAUGUUUGCCUGUCUGGAACGGGAUGGAUGGGCAUGUUCUCUGUGAGGAGGAACCCCGUGAUUGCAUCCACAGGUGUGCCUGUCUGGAAUGGGCUGGAGUGGCAUGUUCCCCAUGUCUGGGACCCUGCGACGGCGUCCACAGGUGUGCCUUUCUGGAAUGGGCUGGAGCAGCAUGUUCCCCACAAUGAGAGACCC